GAUCUGACUUCAUGGAUCUGACCGGAUUUCCAAAUUGAAUUUGGUGGUGCACGCGACCUGGAUCGGGAGAAAAGUCACCCACCUUAUAAGAAGCACCACCGGUGCAUGAGAUCCGUUGUGUCUUGAAAUGUUUUACUCAGCAUUUCAUCUUUUCUAGAUGUUCUGUCUAAAAGCAUGGAUGUGCAAACGUCAAUUUUGUGCCCAGCAAUGUUUGAUCUGGUGAGUGAAGCGAGCUUCAUAGACACGCAGAACAAAUCCAUUUUGGCACCAAAGGAGACCCACGGCGCUCCAGGCUCAUACCGCAGCGCCGAGUGCAAUGGACGGUACCAGGACUUGACUUCCGUUCAUGCAGUCGACAUCUCAAGCGCUCGAUCAAACGGUUUUUGCGCGCUGUCAUCGACCAGCACGUCUCCUCCGGAGAUCAGCGGGAAACCCAAACGCAAGCGGGUGAUCAGCAGCGUUCAGCGCCAGGCCGCAAACAUCCGAGAGCGCAGACGGAUGUUCAGCCUAAACGAAGCGUUUGACCUGUUGCGCAGGAAAGUUCCCACGUUCGCCUACGAGAAACGACUGUCACGGAUUGAGACUUUGCGUUUGGCUAUGGUUUACAUCGAUUUCAUGAAGGAGAUACUCAAUAACGAUUAA